CAAGUGGAUUUCCUUCAGUUCCUCUUGUCACCCCAGAUCCUCUGGCCACUACUAUAUCAGGAAGAUUGUUUGUGUCCUCCUUAGUGAUGACAGAUCCAAAGUCCCUGUUCAACGCAUCUGUCAUUUCCUUGUUUCCCCUUAAAAAAUUCACCUUUUUUGGUCCAUUGAUGAGGUCGCGGGGAGUCACAAGGGGCCCAUUGAUGAGGUCAGGGGAGCCGUUGAUGUGACAGUUACGUCCCUGCUCCAGCCCACAGUCAACUGGACGAACCAUCAGUGAAGCAUGAUUCGCAGAGUAUUGCUUUCGACUCUGGUCACGUUGGCUGUAAUGAGCGCCUUGCUCAUCUUCAUGAACCAGGAGGACGACUGGGCUAACUGCUCGGGCACAGCCCCCUGCUCCCUGGCCUUCCUGUCAAACAACCCAUUCAGCCUGCGUUGCCCGAGUGCCACAGAAGUACCAGAUGACACCAUUUACUGGCAGUACCAAGACCUCAGCCAGCCUCAAACCGAACCCCGCACCUUCAUCACCUCCGGGUACUUGAGGCAGCACCGCAUGGCGAUGGGCAAAAUGGGAAGGCGAGCCGAUCUACGGAGCGGCUCCUUGAUCAUGGACAAGGCAGAGACCUCAGACACGGGCCUGUACCUGUGUAAGUCGGCUAAUUCCACCCUAGCCGCCUACCAGGUCGAUGUGCAGGACUCGUCUCUGCUUUACGUGUCCCACCGAGAGCUGGGGGAGAGCACUAUGCCAAACCAGAGCCUGACGGUCAACUUGGGCUCUUCCCAUCACAUGGUCAAGCUCUACACCCGCUGGGGACCAUGGCAGGACUGUGACCGGUGCAACAUAAUAGGGGAGCAGAAGGUUCUGGGCUUCUGUUAUGCCAGACUAAGCCAGGACAUGGAUGAGGACAUGGAUGAGGACGAGGCACUGGAGGUGAAUAGUGUCACCUUGCCCUGCGGCCUGAUGGAGCUGCACAUUGGGCAGUCCUUGCCCCGGCGCGGCGCCGAGCUCCAGUACCAGAUGUGCCGCGAGCCGUGUGCGAAGGAGGAAAUACCAGUGGGGUUGCCGGAGAUUGACGAUUGGUGGUCGUUGGGUCAGGAGACCGCUUUCGAAUGGAUGGAGCCUCGCGAAAAGAUACGGCAGGUGGUGUACCAUGACAUCUUUGAUAACGCCCGGAUGACAUGCCCGGGGGCAUCAGUGUACACGCCUGUUCUCUGGCAGCGCGACUCCACAUUUAUCACCCGAAGAGGCAACAUUGACAGGAGACACUGGCUGGACGACGCCAUAGGAGGCGGCAUCUACGAAAUCACAAACGUGAUGCCCUCCGACCGCGGCAUCUACCGCUGCUGGGUGCAUGGGCGUAGGGUCGCCUCAUUCCAACUCAAGACGCCCGAGAUGCCACCGGUACACCGCCACGUCAACCGAAGAUUGCCUCAAGGAAUAAAGUACAUCGUUCGCACGAUCGCCAUAGUCUUCAUGUUCAGCGCCAUGGUGGAGUUAGUGUACGCCUAAUUGUUUGCGAUCUUCCUGUACACAACUGCUUCCUCAAGACCACAUUAAGCACACCGCGACGCCCUGUGUCUCCCUAGAAUGGGAAAAAUAGCAACGAUCCCCUUACCUGCUUCAAGGCUGCUCACUCGGAGCAGCCUUGUACUCAUCUCGUACAGCCGACAGGAACUUCUGGACUUCGGUUCCUGCGGCUGCAACAACUUUUUGGACAAUUUCCCUCUUCCGUCUGAGCUCAUCAGAGCAACAGAGCACCCGACUGGAGACCGCCAGGUGAGUCGCGGGGUUGGAGACCGCCAUCCGACCCGCGGAGCCCAACCGACCCUCGGUCCUCACCGGAUCCCCGGUCCUCGCUCGACUCUCGGUUCUCGCCCGAUCCCCGGCCCUGACCCAACCCCCGGCCCUCGCUCGACUCCCGGUUCUCGCCCGACCCCCGGUC